UUGGUCUACAUGGAAUAGCUGAAGUUGUAGUAGAACCAAUCAAAAAGUCUUUUAUAAUUUCCAAAUAUAAAGACUGGACAACCAUUAAUAUUGAAGAAGAAAAAGAAGUAUCAUCAUCACAGACUAUCACAACUACUAAUACAUCAUCUACAUCAUUAUCUACUGAUAUACUUAAUUUAAACACAUCAUCAACUGCUCCAAUUCCAUGGGUGCCUAAUGCUGGAACAUCAAAGAAUACUGUUGAGUCUAAUACAGUUGUAACAACAACAGAAGGGGUUCCAGUACCUGUUCAACCCAUUCCUUCAAAUAAGCGUGGUUCAUAUUCAGGGAGUAACUCACAGCGUUUAUCUCGACAAGCGAUGGCCGCUGAUCAUACAACUAAAGAAAAACUCCGGAGAGAAAGAAUAAAAGAUAGUUGUGAUCAGUUACGAGUUUUAUUACCUUAUAUUCGUGGACGUAAAACUGAUAUGGCAUCUAUUUUAGAGAUGACUGUUGAUUAUUUAAAACUUAUUACCACAUCACUUCCAGCAGACUUUCAAAACCAAAUAAUUUUGUUGAUGGGUAAAGCUACACCAUGUGAGGAAGUGAGAAACAAAUCUGAUACAAACCGUACCCAAACAACCAGAAAAAACACAAGACGUAGCAUGGCAACUCCCCCAUCUCCAACUCUGGGUAAAGUUUCCUCAACAAGUGAAUUAAGUAAUGAUAACAGUCCAGUAUCUAUUAAUAGUGUUAUGGAUAUAAAUGGUAAUAUAACAACAACUCCUGGUCGAAAAACAUCCAAAUGUAGUUCCCCCACAUCUUGCCCUAAUCUUAAACGAGAUCCUGCAGAAAGUACGGAUGUUAAACCUGCUAAAAGAAUGUUGAUGACAUCAUCCAGUGUACCAUCUGCUUCAUCAAAUAUGUUAUAUUUAACAACAGAUCAGAAUGAAAGAAAAGAAUGCCUAGUUUCAGAUAGUUGCCAUGAAGAUCCAUUUACCGGCCACCUACAGCCUAUUCACUUACCACAAUCUCACCUGUAUGGUGAGAUGGAUCGCCUUUAUUCUAUGUCAGGAUAUCCACAGCUAUCUAAUUCUACCAACCCACGUUUAGCUUUAGAUCGUGAUGGCUACGGCAUGUUCAUGGAUACAUAUUAUCAUUAUUAUACUGGUCAGCAGCCACAUAACACUGGUUAUGCAUCUAGUGGUUUAUCUGAUUAUGUUAACCCAAAUGCUGUUCUUCCUGUAACUUAUUCCAGCAGAUUGACGGAUUCUUCGAGAAGUUAUGAUGAUAACGAUCGUUUCACAGUGCCAAGUUCGGUAGAUGAUGUCUAUAUUUCAGUCACAUCCAACUCGAACCAAACAUAAAAGAACACUUAUUACCAAUUAUUUAUUUUUUUAAAUUGUACACAGUUAUUUCAUAUUUUCGAUGACUUGGUGAAAUUAUUCCUAUAAGGACAAUGAUUUGGUGAAAUAAUUAGUCGUCUAAAGAAUCCAUUAUUUUACAAACUUUGAAUGUCUAUUUGAAAGAUAGAACAUAAAAAUGUUUGUUAAAUUAAAUAUUCAUAAAGCAAUAUAAAAAAAAUGUUGGUUCUCAGAUAUCGUUCAUUAGCUGAUGAUUGGCUGAUUAUGCACAGAACAUAAGAAUUAUUUUUAAAUAACCACCCAGCUAGGAUAAGCACCUAUGUGCCGAUUUUUUGUAGAUCAUCUGUAAUAAGCCCCCCCCCCCCCCUCAUAUUAUAAGCUUACCUAACUUAUAAAAUUAUGUACCAUAACCAUACACAUUCCAUGAAAGUAAUCUUGCAUUAUACCAUACAACUGGAUUCAGUUCCAUCGUAAUAAG